CCAUUUGCUCAGAAAAUCAAAACGAGGGGGAAGGAAAGGCAGAGAGAGCCAGAGAGCAUGGCGGAUUCCGGCGAACCAAAGGAGGAGGAGAAGAACCAGAACCAGAACCUGAUCCCGAACCUUCCAGAUGACGUAGCAGUGAAUUGCUUGGCUCGGGUCCCUCGUUCGGACCACCCGAACCUCUCCCUCGUUUCCAAACCAAUCCACUUCCUCCUCACUUCGCCACUCUUCUUCAACGCGCGUUCCCUUCUCAACUGCACCCAACACCACCUUUACCUCACGCUCCGCACACGCGCCUCCGCGCUCCAAAUCUUCACGCUCCACCGCAAAACCCUCCUCCCCCUCCCUCCUCUCCCCUCCCCCGCCCUCGGCUCCGCCUACGCCGUCCUCGGCCCCACCAUCUACAUCCUCGGCGGCUCAAUCAACGACGUCCCCACACCUCACGUCUGGCUCCUCGACUGCCGCUUCCACCGCUGGCUCCCCGGCCCCUCCAUGCGCGUCGCGCGUGAGUUCGCCGCUGCUGGCGUCAUCGACGGCAAUAUCUACGUCAUCGGCGGGUGUAUCGCCGACAACUGGACCCGCUCCGCCCACUGGGCGGAAACCCUCGACCCUGCCACCGGGCGGUGGGAGCGCGUCCCGAGCCCGCCUGAGAUCCAGGAGAAGUGGAUGCACGCUAGCGCGGUUGUCGGGGGUAAGGUUUACGCCAUGGCUGAUCGCGGCGGCGUCGCGUUCGACCCGCGGAGCGGCGCGUGGGAGAGCGUGAGUGGCGAGCUUGACCUUGGGUGGCGGGGGAGGGCGUGUGUGGUGGAUGAGGUGCUGUACUGCUAUGAUUUCUUGGGGAAGAUCAAGGGGUUUGAUGUGAAGCGAGGGUGUUGGAGGGAGCUAAAGGGGUUGAACAGUUUGCCGAUUUUUCUGUGUGGAGCAACCAUGGCUGAUGUUGGUGGAAAAUUGGUUGUGGUUUGGGAGUACCAAGCGGUCAAGGGUGGUAUUGGCAAAGAAAUAGAUAUUUGGUGUGCUGAGAUUGAGGUGAACAAGAAGCAGAAUGGGGAAUUGUGGGGUGGUGUUUGCUGGUUUGGCAAGGUUCUUUCUGUUCCAAAAGGGUCCUCCAUUGUUCAUUGUUCUUCUGUAGCUGUGUGAGAACUUUGAUAUCUGUAUCACAUUGCCUGCUUUUUAUGUCAGGUCACCUGUUUCUAUCAACACAUAUCCUACUGGAUUGAGAUCCUUUUCAGGUGUAACUAGAGCAUCUCAAGAUUUUUUACAGUAAAUUGCAGCCACCGGAUGUUGCAAAUUCCUUUAUUGUUUGAUCAGUUGACUGCAAUGUUGUAUGAAUAAAUAGGAGCUCCUCUUACAGUAGUGAAUAAACUGUAAAUUUAGUGUGUAUACUUUAGCAGUUCCAUAGUCAUCUUUCCCCUAGCUUUGCAAUCUGUAUGCUGUAUGAGUGAAUUUGUAAGUUGUACAGAGUUGGUACUAAAGUCCUCACCCAAUAAACUGCACUGAGUUUCGAGGUUUAUAUACCUCAGCUUAUGACUA